CUCAGUGGUCAGGUUUCUUUGGAGAAUCGUAGAACGUGGAUGUGCAGGUAGUAUGAGAAGAAUAUUAAAGCAAAAUACGUGUCAGAAAAUUUGAACUAUUUUAACAAUCGACAACAUUUUACUUACAUUUUACACAAAGGUAUUCAGUGUACACAGUGGAGAUGGCAGAAUUAUCAAGCAGUAAUAAAGGCGAUAAUGAUAAAACCAAUGAUAAAAGUGGUCAGGAGACACAGUGUCUCGACGCUAAUAAUGUAAAUGAUGAUAAAAGCGAUAAUUUAAACGAUGACAAGAAUGAUAGUAUAAAUGAUGACAAAAGUGUUAAUAUAAAUGAUGAGAAAAGUGAUAAUAUACAUGAUGACAAAAGUAAUAAUAUAAAUGAUGACAAAAGUGAUAAUAUAAAUGAUGACAAAAAUAAUACCACAAACAAUAACAAAAAUAAUUGUGAUCCAAGGGAAUCUACCCGUAGGCAAUUUUACAAAAGCCGGAUAAGAAAAGAUAAUAUUAAAUUGGAACUUGAUGAUAGUACACCUCAAGAAGAAAGACGCAGAUUGUUAUUAGAACAUCAGAAGAAACAUAGAGAUGAAACUAUUAAUGCUAUACGUGGUAUACAAGAGUGUUCUACAUCAAAAAAUGAUGAUAUGGAUGAGGAGAAAUAUAUAGAUGGGGAAGAACAUAUAGGUGAAGAGGAAUAUAUAGAUGAAGAGUAUAUGGAUGCGGAAGAGUACAUGGAUGAAGAAGAGUAUAUGGAAGUAGAAGAUUAUGCCUCGUCGUAUUAUAAGAUUCUUCCGAAUGAAUCUAAAACAAGUCGAAUGAUGCUAUCAGAAUGGAUGCUAGAUGUGCCGCAAGAUCUCAUUGAAAAUUGGAUUAUGGUUCCAUGUCCAAUAGGAAAACGAGUUAGAUUGAUCUCAGGCUGGGGUGAAACAAGGGCAUAUUCUAGAAAAGGUGUUCUACAUGGUGUCUUUCCUUCAGCACUUCCAGGUGGAAAUCCUGAUAGUGACUUUCAUCACUCUACUGCUAUCGAUUGUCUAUGGAUAAAGAAUCGAAAACUCUUUUAUAUAUUAGACGUGUUGUAUUGGAGUCUAUUGCCAUUCACGAAUUGUCAGGCUGAGUUCAGAUUUUUCUGGAUCAAGAAUAAGUUCCAGGAAAUACCAGAACUUGAAGAACGCAAUACUGAUGCAAAUAGAUAUCCUAUUUUAACUCUACCAAAUAUUAAUUGUAACUCGGACCUUAGUUCAGCCUUAGCAAAUCUUGAUAAUGAACGACCUCUGGACGGAUUGUUAUUUUAUCAUCGUCAAGCAUUAUAUACUUAUGGACUUACCCCACUUGUGACAUGGUUAAAACCUUUUAUGUUAUCCGAAGUACUUGGAAUAUCUGUACCUUCAUUUGACGAGAAACCAAAUGAUUAUAUAAAUUUUGAACAUCACAUACAAAAAAUAAAAACCAAGAAAAAUCGACAAGAUAAUACUACAAAAAGUGAUACUAAUUCCAUGGAAAUAGAAGGUGUCGUUUAAAAAUUAAAAACUCAUUUAUUAUGGCGAUUCAUAGUGAUCUCAAGUAGGCCUCAGACAAAAGAUUCGACCAUGUUGAAUAUUCGAUCUAUUCGAAUAGUUGAAAGUUGAAAAAAUGAGCAUCUAAUUCGAAUAUUUCGGAUAGUUCAAACAGUUCGAGCUUAAAGCCGAGAGCACAUAGAAAAACGUAAGGCCGUAAGACGUAAUCAGUAAGGAA